AUGAAUGGAGACAAGAGCAAGAGGAAAGUGUUCACUCCAAGGGUGCUGCUGGUGUGGCAGCUCAGGGUGCUGCUGGUGUGGCAGCUCAGGGUGCUGCUGGUGUGGCAGCUCAGGGUGCUGCUGGUGUGGCAGCUCAGGGUGCUGCAGUGCGGUGCAGAGUCUUGUGGGACGUCCAAGGGCAUGGCCGCAGCAGACACUCACUUCAUCUGCAGCAGUUUAGAGCCCGGCUUCUUUAAAGAGGGGCAGAAGGGUGAGAUAAGGCUAUCAUAA